AUGGCCACCGUAGCUCAACAGCGCCAACCGUCCGCUCAGUCCCAUCCGCACCCUACCCCGAGUCGCAGCGCCUCGGAUUCGCCCUCUCCCGCCAUGGCUCCCGCUCAGCACAACCCAGCGCCUGCGCCCGCGAAGAAGGGAAAGGGAAAGAAGGCGACCGACCCGUCAGAGCAGCAGAAGCAGAUCCAGGCCAAAAUCGCGCAGCUUGAGCUCGACGCCGCAGGAGACAAGGAGCAGGAACUCGAAGUCGAGCGCGAGGUCAAGAAGGCGAAUCGCGAAAUCGCAUCGCUCCUCUCCAACAUGGACGGACCCAUGUCCCAGUUGACGGCGCUGCAGAAGAAGUACACUGAGCUACUCUCCGACAUGAAGCGAAUGGAGCGGGAGCACUCGAAAGCGAAGAAGCGCGGCGACCAGCUUCAGAAAGAGAAGGAUGCGCAGAGGUCAGAACUGACCAAGGUCACGACCAUGAAGGACAAGCUGGACAAGCUCUCAAGAGACUUCGCCAAGGAGAACAAGAAGCUGAAGGACGAACUGCACAAGCUCGAGAACAGCGAAUCAACGGCAAGGCACGAGCUCCACACGCGGCUCGAAACCUUGAUCGCGGAAGUCGACGAUUGCAUUAGAGUGGCCGAAGGACCUGAACGCCAGGAUGAGCGCGACAUCGAAUUGGAUGAAGCGUUUCGACUGAAGUUCAAGUCCUUCAUCGACCAGUACGAGAUGCGUGAACUGCAGUUUCACUCGCUCCUCCGGACCAAAGAGCUUGAGAUACAGUACCAAAUGGCACGAUUGGAGCAGCAGCGCAAACAACAAGAAGCCGAGUCUUCCAAGUCACACCAGCUGACGAGACAGGUGUCGACGUUCUCGCAAACCGAAACCGAGCUCAGGACCCAACUCAACAUCUACGUCGAGAAGUUCAAGCAGGUUGAGGAAACUCUCAACAACUCCAACGAUUUGUUCCUCACGUUCCGCAAGGAGAUGGAGGAGAUGUCGAAGAAGACUAAGCGCCUCGAAAAAGAGAACCAGAACCUACAACGCCACAAAGAAAUCACGAACCGCAAUAUCGGGGAGAUGGUGGAGGAGCGGCAAAGGAUGCAAGAGGAGCUAGCAAGGAAGACGAAAGAGGCGGAGGAUCAACGCAAGAAGAUCGCUCGCCUCGAGACGCUGUGUCGUGGGAUGCAGGCACAGGGACGAGGCCAGGUACCUAUGGCGGAGCUUGAAGAGGACGAAGAGGUCACAGAGAGCGAGUACGACUACGAAGACGAGGAAGACGACGAAGGGAGCGGCGAGUACGACGACGACACUGAAGAGGAUGCUAUCGAACCCCCACCCGAACGUCGACCAUUCGGGCCCGUACCACCGCCUCCGCCGCCGCCGCCGCCGCCGCACAACGUUGUGAAUGGCAGGAUUGCUAGCCAUAAACAGCCCAAUGGGCAGAUAAAUGGAGUCAAGCGCUAA